AUGCUUGUUGUCUUAGAGGGGCAGAAAAGUGGAGUGAACAGGCUAUCUCUGACAGCUCCACCGAGGAGCGCUAGCCAUACGCCCUCACAGAGCGGGGAACAGAACAAUGUGCAAAGUUUAAAGUCUAAAGAAUGGUCGGGUGCGGAUUCACGCCGAAGACACAUCUACAAAGCAGAAACACUUCUAAUAACUUUGAAGAAAUCCAAAACUCACAUUUUUGUAGUACCUAAGCGAUCUCCGGAAUGUCCAAAAGGACUUGCUUCUGUGACAGUUGAUCGGGUUUUAAAGUUAGCACGAAUUGAAUCGAAACUGCAGGUGUUUCAUCAAACACCUUUUCUCAAGACUCAGAGUAUCCAUACUGAGAAGCUCAGGAUCUAUACUCUGAGCAUUUCCUAUCUAUCGCAACACCUUCGUAAUAUCAAAAUCCUUGUUUUCUGGACGAUGUCACAGCCAUUAAUGGAGGCCCAACAGAUGCGUCAACAGGUGGUAAGUGACGUGCGUUAUACCUGGAACUUCUUGAAAUUUCAUCUAAGAAAUCUUAACUCGAACACCAAGUGUAGCACCGUUCUUGAAGAACUGGAACAUUACUAAAGGUACGUUUUAGCUAGUGACCUCACGCGCCUUGAUGAGGUCGACGGGUUUCAGGAGUGGCGGGAGGAGGAGGCCGCUGCCCUCAGUGCCCUCGUACAACAUCGGCUGCACGUUUUGCAGAAUCCUCACGACUGCGCCUCCGCCAAGAAGAUCUACUGUGAUUUUAGAUCUUCCGCCCGAGGUAUGGGGAGCCAUCUGCACCACCUGAGCUACUGUUUCCUGGCAUUGUAUGGCACUCAGCGAACCUUGGUUCUUAACACGAAGGACUACUAUGGCAACCCCGAAGGACUCGAAAAAUUCUUUCUUCCUCUGAGCGAGACCUGCACGAGCUACAGCAAGUCUCAGAUGGUUUCUUGGCCAGGAAAGGAAGAUUCGCUUGCUGUGCAUUUUCCGGAUUGGGACAGACCGAGCCCGAGGCCGAAAUAUUUUCCAAAAUCAAUCCCAAAGGACAUUUCCGAGCGUCUGAUGCGCCUCCAUGGAGAUCCUUUUGCCUGGUGGAUGGGCCAAUUCUUCAAGUAUGCCAUGAGGAUGAUCCAAGAAUUCCAGAAUUACUCUGACAAGCUAGCACGAGAAAUGGGUUACGAGUCUCCUGUUGUAGGCUUGCAGAUUCGGCGCUCAGACAAGUUGAAGAAGGAGGCAGUUUACAUUGACCUCAGUGUGUACAUGAAAGAAGUGGAUGAAUUAUACAAAGAGCUGGAGUUGCGUCAGACCGUUGCUCAACGAAGGAUUUUCUUGGCCACUGACGAUCCAGAAGUAAUUCCAGAAAUAAAGAAGAAGUACCCGGAGUACAAGCUCCUGUACAACUCGGCCAGUGUAGACUCGACGCGCAAAAGCCAGCGGAAAAGGGGUCGAGUUUACAAUAUUCUUGCUCGAUCCGACUACCUUGUCUGCGGGAUGACUUCCAAUGUCUGCAGGCUGAGUUACGAGCUGAUGCAGACCCUCCAUGUGGACGCGUCGACCCGCGUCUCGUCGGUCGACAAAGAUUACUUCUUCCACUACGAGGUCGGAAAUGUCGUCAAGGCUCGCUUUUCGCAUAAGCCCAGGAGGACCAGAGAACUAGAAAUGCGGGAAGGAGAUCUGGUGGACCGAAACGAUAUACCUUCCCAUUUCUACAAGCAUCCCAGCAAAAGCAAUGGGUUUCAGUGGGGCAGAAACACGCGUACCAAACAAUCAGGUUAUUAUCCUGUUUACAAGACCGUCGAAAUUUUGGAAAAAGCAAAUGUCCAGUCCUUUGAACACAUUGACAGAAGGAAUAAAACCAUAUAAU